CUACGAACAAGGCGAUCUGGGUCCUUCGCAGAACAUCCGAACUGUGCUGAGCAAGACCAGUACCGACAUGAGUCAGCUGGCGCAAUAGCUGCUCGAUCACGAGUACGAAAUCAUGUCCGGAACAACCGUCAAACCGCAGGAGAAAUCCGUGGCCCCGAUCAUUCUUCGCGCACAAGGACUUGACCGAGAAGAAGCUGUCGGUGCUUCAGCAGGAUCACGGAACGAUCACCGCCCGACUGCAGAAACAGCACGACGAAGCUGCCAGCGGCUCAAACAGAAAGAGAAGGAAUUCGAAGAAACGCUGUCGCUGCUCACGAAGGCCUUCAAGGACGAAUGCUUCGAGCGGUUGAAGGUUCAUGCCAACGAGUACAAGGAACCGCUGCACGUGCUUCAGCCCAAGGAUGAGAGAAUCGAACAGCUGGAGCAGGAGAUCGCCAAGGAGAACCACGACUGGAUAAUGUCCCUCGUCCGCGGCGCAGAAACGCCCGUGACCCGGGCCCCGGAUCAUCGACCGCGAGAACCAACAGAAGCGAAAUCAGCAGCAGAUCCAAACGGAAGCUGAACAGCUGGUGUGCGAAAUCCUGGGCGAGUAUCUGAGCAGGAAGCCUCACCGUGCGGCUCGGGGGGGACUUUGCUAUAUUCCCUUCAAUCGAGCUGACUUGGCUUUCAAAAUGAACAUCAAAGUUUAAACGUUUAAAUGCGACUGCUUAUUGGUAAGAUCGGUGCGAAAACAUGAACGGGCUCUGUUGAAGCUUCCCAGCCAUUCUGCUCCAUCAUUUGAAAAACUAUUCAAUGCAACAAAAAUGUUAUAAAUGAUGCAAUAAAAUAAUUGAUGAUUUAAAUGACUGUA